AUGCGGGAACCCUUGAGGUAUUAUGAGAACAACGUGGUGGGCCUUUUGAACCUGGUGAAAGUUUUGAAAAGGCACCACGUGAGCAAGUCCUUAGUGCUUUCGAGCUCCUGCACAGUGUAUCGCCCCUCUGAUGCAAAGAUCUCGGAAGAUUCGCUGCUGGAGCCGACGUGCCCCUAUGGGAAUACGAAGCGUGUGCAAGAAAGUAUGCUACAAGAUUUGGUGGAAUCAGAUGGUUGGACUGUAUCUUGCUUAAGAUAUUUCAACCCAGCAGGUGCUCAUUCCAGUGGCUUUCUGGGCGAAGUCCUUUAUCCCUCCUCGCCGUUGAUGCUCGUCCCACUGCUGCGGCAAGUGGCUCUGGGACAGCGGAAAGAAUUGAAGAUCUUUGGGGAUGACUAUGACGCGAAAGAUGGCACAGCCAUGAGGGAUUACAUCCACAUUCAGGAUCUUGCAGAUGCUCACGUGGCAGCACUGCAGCACUUACUAGCCGGAGAAGCAGCAUUUCAUGUUUUCAACCUGGGUACUGGGUUUGGCAGAAGCGUCCUUGAGGUUCUCCAAGCGUAUCAAGAUGCUUCUGGGUGUGAGCUGCAGUACAAAAUUGAACAGCGGCGUGCUGGAGAUGCUGCAGUUGCAGUGGCAGACUCAAAAUUAGCAAAUGACUUGCUGGGAUGGUAUGCCCAUAGGGGUUUUGAAGAGAUUAUGGCCUCCGAUUGGACAUUUGCUCUUCAUACAAAAGGCAACGAUUCGCUGUACAAUGAGUCUUGUUUCAUAUCUCAGCAUCUAGUUCCUGAGCCAUAUGAGGUGGGAAAUGUGUACCGGGCAAUGGUGAAGGAGAUUCAAAAAAGCCUCAAAGCAGGUUGGGAGCAUGAGCAUUCAUUCUUGGUCACCAGCAUUGGACACUACCCAGUAUGUCAUUGA